AUGAUAGUGGCCUUCGGGUCUUUGUCAGCGCUGGGUCCUCGGCGGGCGGAUGCUCGCAUGCUCGCAGCUACGUUCCAGAGGCAGGAGACACUGGCUGACUGUCUGGCUGCUCUGGGUGGAAGCCCGUCACUGAAGCUGCCGUUCAUCCUUCAUGCCUUCUGUGAAGUUAAUGCCUUUGGGGAACACCUGUUGCAGAACCUGGGCGAAGGGCUUGGCCAGUUUGAUGUGGCUCGGUACGAGAACUGCUUCUACCUGCUACAAGUCCUGGAGCGGCUUCUUCUGGACGAAAGCGGGGAGCGGAGCAGGCUGGCCUGGGAGCAGAGCCCCUCGCUGAGCUCCGUGCUCAGCCGCCUCGAGCUCAACGUGCUGCGGCUAUGGGCGGACUUCCCGCUGCUGGCUAUCUACAUGUGGAGGCUGGAGGCCUGCCUCAAAGGCACCGGGCCCUGAGCAGGCGCCGUCCUCCUGCUCCUCUGUCGUAGAGUGUUUGUCCUGGGAUGGGGCAGGUGGAAUGGCCCCACCCAGCCAGCGGGCCAAACCCACGUGACCAAAGCGAAUCCUCCAUCCAGGUCAUGAAACCUUAGAACACAAGGGCCUGACAUUGGUGCUACAACUUUUAAAUUAACACAUUUAAAGAGAGAGACGUCUUUUUUACAAACCCUGCGGCAAAAGCCACCUUUCUGUCGGUGUGAUUGGCAGGAUUUGAAAAAGCACAUUAAAGGGAAACUGAAAAGUGAAAGAUUUA